CGACGCGCGGGACAACUCCGUAGAGAGUUUUAUUUUUCGGGGGCGAUUUGCAAAAGGAGGAGGACGGUUUUUAUUCCCAGCUGCCGCUUCGCAGGCCGACGAGGAACAAGACUCGUCUCCCACUUCCUGGUUCGCCAACAGGAUGUUGGUGAGCCCCGCCGCGCUGUGCUAGAGAUCCGCCGGCAGCUGGUUCCCUUCCCAGAGGUCAGAGGUCAGAGGUCAGGGGUCAGGGGUGAGGACCUCACCGACGGGUCGGCAUGUCGGUGACCCCUCGGCGCGUGCGCCUGAAGCCGUGGCUGGUGGCGCAGGUGGACAGCGGGCGAUACCCGGGGCUGGUGUGGCUCGACCGCGAGGCCAUGCGCUUCAGUAUCCCAUGGAAACACGCCACCCGACACACGCCGCAGCACGAGGACGAGGACACCAUAUUUAAGGCGUGGGCUGUGGAGACCGGGAAGUUCCAGGAGGGGGUUGACGAACCGGAUCCCGCAAAGUGGAAAGCUCAGCUCCGAUGUGCCCUGAACAAAAGCCGAGAAUUCAACCUCAUCUACGACGGCACCAAGGAGGUCCCCAUGAAUCCUCUGAAGAUAUACAACGUGUGCGACAUCCCGCAGCCGCUCAGUAACCAAGGCUCCUCAGACGCUGGUUCUUGGACUCCACACGAGGAAGAUGGUGGUGACGAAGAUAUUCCAGAUACACCAGAAUCUCUCCCUCCGUACCCAUCCAAUGGCCCCAGCCCGUCUCCUCUCAUCAUGUGGUCUCCCAUGGGCUCAGACUCGUCCAUGCAGCCUCCAAGUUGCCCCCCUUCAAACGAGGCCUGGCCCAAAGAGGAGCCCGUAGAGAUCUGGCCCAAACAGGAGCCCGUGGACGUGGAGAUGCACCCCACACCCCUGGCUACAAUGCCGCCUGCGCCGAUCUUACAGCCCCCUUCUCUACCCGAGGCCUUUUUUGCCUCCCCAGAAACGUGGAUUAGUUCCCUCCCAAUGACAGACCUGGAGGUUCAGUUUCUGUACCGAGGGAAGGAAAUGUGUCCCACGCUGACCGUCAGUAACCCCCAGGGCUGCAGGCUGUUCUACGGAGACCUCGGCCCCAUGGUCAACCAGGAAGAGCUGUUCGGGCCGGUGAACCUGGAACAGCUGCGCUUCCCGACCACGGAGCACAUUACCAAUGACAAGCAGAGGGUCUUCACCAACCGUCUGCUGGAUGUGAUGGACAGGGGUCUGAUCCUGGAGGUCAGUGGCCACGACAUCUACGCGAUCCGCCUCUGCCAGUGUAAGGUGUACUGGUCCGGACCCUGCGCUCCAAAUCCAGCUGCACCGAACCUUAUAGAGCGUCAGAGGAGGGUCAAACUCUUUUGCCUGGAGUCUUUUCUCAGCGGUUUGAUAUGCCAACAGCGUGGCCAGGCGCCAACACCCCCUCAGUUUGAAAUCAACCUGUGUUUUGGAGAGGAGUGGCCUGACGGAAGGCCCAAGGAGAGGAAACUUAUCAUGGUCCAGGUGAUUCCAGUGGUGGCCCGCAUGAUAAGCGAGAUGUUUUCCGGAGACAACACGCGAUCCUUUGACAGCGGCAGCGUGCGCCUGCAGAUUUCUAUCCCAGAUAUCAAAGACAACAUAGUAACCCACCUAAAGCAGCUGUACUGCCUGCUGCAGACCCACCAGGGUCAGGAUGGCUGGGCGCUGCCCCCGGGGGCCGGUCUGAAUAUCACCCAGGCCCUGCAGGCACAGUGAAGCAGCUGACACUGUCAAUGUAUUUCUCUGUUGGUUUCACACUGCUACUAAGAGUUAUCUGUCGUUAGCAAAGAAGUACUUAUUUCUAAUCUUAUUUAGACAUGUGCACCAUAUAGUAUAGGGUGCUGUUGCUUUUCAGCUUUUUUUUCUAGUAUGACUGUGCCGUGACGAAGCGGCUCUGUAUAUAAGAGCCUGCACUCACACAACGCAGUAGACCGAUGUGGUGAUUGCUUGGGCCAAAGUCCUGUUUGCUGCGAGGGAACAUUUAACAUAGUUAAUGAGUUACAGAAAUUGCCCUGUGCUUUAUUUAUCCCAAACAGGUCAGUGAUUACCGAACCUUCCUUUGGGAUCUGUCGUUCAUGAAACUAUAUAUUUGGACCUUUCUCUAUGUUUUGAAGCAACAUAUCUAUCAUGGGCUUUGUAUAUUUUAAGAGAAAUGAAGGCAAUUGUGAAUUAAACCAGGGGUUUCCAGCUCCCAUUAUCCUGUGCACAUUGCAUUUUUUUUAACAGAUGACGCGACCAAAGGUAAAGGUCUUUGCCUGCAGUUUUGUAUUGAGUCAUUUUAUUUUUCCAGAUAUGUUGUAGGAUAGUAGGUAUAUUCAUAUCUUUGAUUUUAAUCAAUUCACCAUUUAUCCUGCCAGCCAUUUAACUAGAUAAUGUUCAGCCAUAGGGAUCUGUUUUAACAUGGAUGCCACUGCACUUUGGCUGAAUGAGUUGUGGCUCGUUGAAGUGCAUUUAUCCUUCGAUUGUAGGUUUAUUUUAUCAAUAAAAAUCCCAAAAUUA